GAAAUGUAGCUUAAAAUUUUCGGUGAUUAUUAAGUAAAAGAUAUUUAUGUUGAGUUUGAUUUUAAAGUAAUAAUAUUAAAUACUUUAUUGCUACUUAAUAAGUUAUUAAUCAAUAUUCUUUAAAAUGUUGGCUCUUAAAGUAUUACGUUAUACUAACAAAACAAGUUUGUUAUUUUCUCAGAGGCAAUUUUCAUACUGUGUUUUACCUAAUACCAUAAAACAACUUAACAAAAUGAAUCAAAUAAGCCAAAAAUCAUUAAUAAAACCAUUAGUAUGUUCUCCAAUACUAACUCGUUUUACCAGUACUGCUACACCUACUAAAAGUGAAAAAAACUAUGCUAGUUUAUGGAAAGGUGAACGUAUUGUAUCUAUUGCAUUACUACCCUUAUUUCCAGCUGCAAUUAUAUAUUCAUCUCCAAUUAUUGAUACAUUAUUAGCUACCAGUCUCAGUUUACAUGUUUAUUGGGGGUUAGAAGCCUUAGUUAUAGAUUACUUGAGAGUACCAGUAGUUGGCCAAUUAGCUAAUAAAGUUGGACAUGUUGCAGUUACUUUAGCUGCAAUUCUAACUCUUGCUGGAUUUUUGAAACUUAUUUUUAAUGGUGAUGGUCUCGGAAAUUCCAUAGUUCAGUUAUGGAAAUUAUAAUAUUAUAGUCAUUUUCUUAAUUUAUAAAAAAUUUAAUUUUUUUUUUUCAGUUUUUUAGAUAUUUGUAAAAAUAUUUACUCAGAAUAAAAUAAAAUUUAUAUAUUUAA